UGAAACAUGCAAGGCUUUAAGGUCACAAAGAAGCAUCACAAGCACCUCAACAAUCCCUUCCCAUCCACACCUGAAUCUCUUCCUUUCCUACAUGGAAAUCUAUCUUUCAAUCCCCAAACGGUUUCUGAACAGCAGGUCUACCAUGUUGGAAAUGAUUUUCUACUCAAUUGGAGCUCAAUCAAUGGUGGGUAUCUCUCUGUUUCUCAUCAAUCUCAACCCAACAGAGCUAUCUGGUCUACCAUCCCUGGACAACCCUUUGUUUCUGCAGCUUUUGCAGAGACAGAGGUGGAAGAAAGUAGAGGUUCUUUUGCUAUAAAUGAUAGAGAUGUUCAUUUGAUCUGUAAUCAUCAAUCGAUUGAGGAUAUAAAGGUGAUAAAUCAUCCCUUUGAUAUUGGUGGAAAGGCCAAAAGUCAUGUUUUCCCAGAUCUGAAGAAUGCACUGUACCCAUUUGUGAUUAUAACUGGCCGGGUUUUCUUUGAGAAGAACAAGAAACACCAGAAGCUGCUAGAGAGACCCAGCAUUCAUUCAAAUAUGGAUUUGAAGACGAAGGGUAUGUCAGCUGCUGCUGCUGCUGCAAAAUAUUGGGUCUUGUUUGAUCAGAAAAACAAAAAUCAGAUUGGGUUUCAAGUAAAUCUUGGGAAACCCAAUUUUGAGCUUUACCACCCUGAACCACUGCCAAGAACUUUUAAGAGAUUCAGGGGUCCAAAACAGAAACAGAGGCUAGGACGGCUUCGAAGACGUCGUAUUGGGUGGUAUUUUUUCAUCUCAAGAUUAAGAAGCUUCAUCCCAUUGUCAUCCUCUGAGGAUGAAAAGGAAGAGAGGAAAUUUGCAGACAUAACAGGGUUCAACAGAGUUUGUAUCACAUAUUCAAGUGAGAAAGAUGAGAGGUUUUAUGGUUUCGGAGAGCAAUUUUCUCACAUGGAGUUUAAAGGCAAAAGAGUACCCAUUUUUGUUCAAGAGCAAGGCAUUGGAAGGGGAGAUCAACCCAUCACAUUUGCAGCAAACCUGCUCAGCUUCAGAGCUGGUGGUGAUUGGAGUACGACUUAUGCUCCGUCUCCAUUCUAUAUGACAUCAAAGAUGAGGUCUCUGUAUCUUGAAGGAUACAGCUACUCUGUUUUUGAUCUAACAAAACCUGUCAGAGUUCAGAUAAUGAUCCAUGGUGACUCUGUGCAAGGAAGGAUACUGCAUGGGAGCUCUCCCUGUGAACUUAUUGAACAGUUCACAGAAUCUAUCGGGAGACCUCCUGAACUUCCUCCCUGGAUUAUCUCUGGUGCUACUGUCGGAAUGCAGGGUGGCACAGAUGCAGUUCGUGAUGUUUGGGAAUUAUUAAAGGACUACGAUGUUCCUAUAUCAGCAUUCUGGUUGCAGGACUGGGUAGGGCAGAGAAAGACAAUGAUCGGCUCACAACUCUGGUGGAAUUGGGAAGUUGAUACAGAACAUUAUAAGGGAUGGAGAAGAUUAGUAAAGGAUCUCGGUGAUCAGGAUAUCAAAGUGAUGACUUACUGUAAUCCUUGUCUGGCUCCAGUUGAUGGGAAGCCAAAUAGUAGGCGAAACCUAUUUGAGGAGGCCAAGAAAUUGGACAUCUUAGUGAAAUACAAGAAUGGUGAAACAUACAUGGUCCCUAAUACUGCUUUUGAUGUGGGGAUGUUGGAUUUGACACACCCACAUGCGGCACCAUGGUUCAAGAAGAUCUUGCAAGAAAUGGUUGAUGAUGGGGUUAGGGGGUGGAUGGCGGAUUUUGGUGAAGGCCUGCCAUUGGAUGUUUCCCUCUAUUCAGGUGAAGAUCCUGUAUCUGCACAUAAUAGAUACACAGAAUUAUGGGCCGAAGUAAACAGAGAAUUUGUGGAAGAACGGAAGUCUACACAUGUAGUAAAAGAGAAGGAAGAUCCGAAAGAGGCUUUGGUCUUCUUUAUGAGAGCUGGUUUCAGGGAGAGUCCCAAAUGGGGAAUGCUCUUUUGGGAAGGUGACCAGAUGGUAAGUUGGCAAGCUAAUGAUGGAAUCAAGAGUGCUGUUGUGGGCUUGCUCAGUAGUGGCCUCUCUGGUUAUGCUUUUAACCACAGUGAUAUUGGAGGCUACUGUACAGUAAACUUCCCUUUCUUCAAGUACAGAAGAAGUGAAGAGUUGCUUUUGCGAUGGAUGGAGCUAAAUGCAUUCAGCAUGGUUUUUCGGACUCACGAAGGAAACAAUCCAUCAAUUAACAGCCAAUUCUAUUCGAAUGACCGUACCUUAUUGCAUUUUGCACGGUUUGCAAAGGUGUACAAGGCUUGGAAUUUCUACAGGAUUCAACUUAUGAAGGAAGCUGCUCAGAAAGGCCUGCCUAUUUGCCGCCAUCUUUUUCUUCACUUUGCUCAGGACGAUUAUGUACAUAAUUUAACCUACCAGCAGUUCUUGGUUGGUACAGAGAUCUUAGUGGUACCUAUACUUGACAAAGGGGAGAAAGAAGUUAAGGUCUAUUUUCCAGUAGGAGAAGGUUGUUCUUGGCAACAUAUUUGGACAGGAAAAGUAUUUACCGAAGAAGGAGUUAAGGUUCGGUUAGAAGCUCCAAUUGGUUACCCUGCCAUAUUUGUAAAGUUUGGCUCCCCUAUAGGGGAAACCUUUCUGAAAAAUCUCAGAGAUUUUGGAAUUUUGUAA